AUGCUGAAGGAACGAACACCGCCCGACAUCUACAGAAAAAAAUUUGCUGAAAAAAUAACUACAGGACAAUUUAAUUGCAUACUAUACACAGACGCCUCGACAGCAGAAGAAACAACAAGUUAUUGUGUAUACAGAUACGACAAUAAAUGUGACAAGAUCCUCUCACAAAAACUUACAACCCCAAACCAAAGUCCUUUUGUUGGAGAGGUAAUGGCAUUGGUUGAAGCAUUCCAAAUUGCCAACAGAAGACAUGAUACAACCGCUAUUUGCAGUGACUCUUUGAGUGCAAUACGCAAAAUACUCAACAACAAAAACAAAACACCAAUCUUUCAUCUUCUACGUUCAAUUAUCCGCUCCAACUUCCCUAGAAUUCACCUAAUAUGGUCCCCAGGACACACAGGAAUUCCAGGAAACGAAAAGGCAGACUUUGCGGCUCGUGAAACCAUCAAAAUGCCUUUGGAAUAUAUAAUACCACCGUUUGCAUCUUCAAUGUUCAAAAUUGUCUCUGACAAUAUACGACGAGAAGCAGAAAUACGUUGGAAUAACUCCCAUUCCUUUUUAAGACAACAUAAGACAACCUUAUGA